UCGAUACGAUAUCGAAAUUUGCUAGUAUAUAUUGUGGUUUUAAUCAACAGACAAAAUUUGCUAAAUAGGCAAAUUUCAUGUACCCAGAUUUUUAUAGUAUGUAGAUAUGGACGCUGCAAGCGAGUUAAAUUUCGAUAGCAUCUGCAGGACUUGCAUGCACGUAGUAGCUGAAGAGGAAACAUUCGCCGCCACAACUACGGACAUACAGUGUCACUCCAUCUACGACACGGUUACAGAAUACUGCACCAUGCGAAUCGUUGAUUUACUAUCAACCACUGCGCCGCAACUACAAUUCAUCUUCAGUGACGAAUUACCACAGAAGAUAUGCAGAGAAUGCUUACAGCUUUUACUGAGGGUCUAUCGCUUCCAGCAAAUGUGCAUACAAUCCGAACAACAAAUGCGCGAAAUAUUAGCCAAAAGAUAUCCAGAUGUAAAACUGAUUUUAACAGGGCUUUUGAUGAAAAGUACGGCAGAUAUAGAGGAGUUUUCAAUGGGCGAAGCCAUGGAGGGAGAAAUUGAGGCCGAGGCUGUAAAUAAUGCGCUGGAGGUGCCAUUGGCUAAUGACCCAUUGCAAAAUACGCAAUUUCUGAAAAUGGAGGAGUUCAUUGAUGAAGAUGAAUGCAAUGGGGGAGAUAAUACGCAUGCGGCAUUUGUUGCUGAAACAAACUUGUUUGAUCCCAGUUUAAUAAUCGAAGUAGGAAAACCAACAAGAGCUCAUGAAUUAGAAAGAACGAGUAAUGAGGUUUCAAGCAAGUUAGAUAUAGGUAGCGAUUGGACCAACCACAUGCCCAACUUUCCUGAUAGAAAAUCAAGCAACUGUAAAAUGUCUGAUAUAAAAGAUCAAAAGGAACGAAUAAACGAGGCCACGCCAACGCAUUUCUGCAACAUGUGCAAUAAAUCUUUUUCCCAGCGCCGGUUUCUAAAUAUACACUUAAAACGGCAUGAAAAAUGGGAGGAAAGAAAGAAUUUGCAAGAAAAGCCUUUAAAAGCAGAUCAGGGUUUUCAAAUUAAGUGUGAUAUUUCUGGGAAGAACUUGGUUGAUACCAGUGUAAUAAGCAAAAUAGGAGCAACUACUCAUGAAUCGGGACCGACGUGGGACGAGGUCUCAAGUUAUUGUACCAGCGACAUGCCCAACUUUUGUGCUGGAAAAGACAGCAACUGUAAAACGUCUAAUGUAAAAGUUCAAAAGGAACAAAUAAGCGAGGCUUUCAGCACGCCAACACAUUCCUGCAACAAGUGCAAUAAAAAGUUUUCUCAGCGCCGGUUUCUAAAUAGACACUUGAAACGGCAUGAAAAAUGGGAGGAGGCAAAAAAUAUGCCUGUAAAGCCUUUAAAUACAGAUGAACGUAUUCAAAUUAAGUGUGAUAUUUGUGGGCGCGGAUUCAACAAACCAGAAUCACUGCACAAACAUAAGCAGAACCAUACUGACCAACUGGAAGGGGAAGAAAAAAAGAUUUACGCCUGUGAUUUAUGUGAAAAUACAUAUAGUUCUAAGCGUACGCUGGCCUACCAUAAACAACGAAGGCAUUUUGAAGGAUCCUCUAUUGCAGCACCGACGCGCCUCGUAUGUGAAUUUUGCAAUAAAGGCUUUCAAUUUCGUGCCGGCUUAGUUGACCAUCUCCGUACGCAUACAGGCGAGAAACCGUUCUUGUGUUCGUUGUGUGGCAAAUCAUUUAAAUCGUCGGGCAGUAUGAAGCAGCAUUUAGUACGGCAUUCAGGCGUUAAGCGGUUCGAGUGUCCCGACUGCCCCAAAAAGUUUGCUUGCAGCUGCGAUUUGUCUAAGCACAGAGUCAUACAUCGCCUGGUCAAACCGCAUAAUUGCGGCAUUUGUGGUGCUUCUUUUGCUAAAAGUUAUCAGUUUAAGACACACCAAAUGUACCAUAGUGGCGAAAAACCUUACAAAUGCGAAUACUGUGACAUGCGAUUUGUGUUGAUGGACAAACAGCGUCGCCAUAUGCGUACUCAUACCGGUGAAAAGCCCUACAAAUGCAAGUACUGUGAACGCGCUUUUGCCCAAAGUAAUGAUCUAGUCAAACAUUUGCGAAAUCACCUUGGUGAUAAUGUUUAUAAAUGUGAGCUGUGUCCCAGCGCUUUCCGACUGGCUAGUGAGCUUCGCUCGCACUUUGCUUCACAUAGGAACGAUGAUGAAGAGACUCGUACGCGAAAUAUGCUGGCACUUAAAGAAGAGGAUGCUAGCUUACGUUUAAAUUUGAGAUCUAAUGGCUGUCUGAGCAUAACUAACGGCUGAAUAAGUUAAUUACUAGGGAACGGAUUUUUAUGACUUAAAACCUAUAAAAAAAAGCCAAAUAGGCAGGAAAGGGCUCUAAAAAUUACCAAAACGGCGAAACGGCAAGAAAAACCCCUUAAAACCGAAAACAGCAAAGAAUUGUUUAUCUAUUGCAUUAUUAGACUAUGAUCUAUUGUAAUGGAAAAAGGAGAAAAUAAAUUUCUGUAUAGUACCUAC